UGGAUAACUGCCUAACAGGAUGGGUUCUUGCCAACGACAGUGAACUAUACUGAACUCAGAAGUUUAUACUCCCCAACACCCCUUCAGCUUCAUAUAGCAUUUGACAGUGACUUUUAAGAUGCGUAUCAUUGCUGUUUGUUAUUCAAUAGAGCUUCUAAGUUUGUCUAAGGCAUCGUUGCGCUUUUAAUGAAUUACUUAUGCUGCAUCCGAUUUAUUUGUGAAAGGCCAAUAUAUUUAUUAACAAUUUCGCUUAAUUUAUUAUUCAUAUAUCGGGUUAUAAAUUUAUACAAAAUGAUACAUAAGAUAGUAAUUUCAGUUUUCGCAAAGACUAGUAAACAACCACACAAUGUGCGCCUUGCAAGUGCAAAACGCCCCUCUUGUUAUGGAAAUUGAGUUGCAUUUAACAGUGUUCAGUAGCGCUGUUACACAAACUCAUCAUGCAGGGAAUCUAAUCUAGAGCUGGAUAUUUUUCACGCUCUCAUUACCCAUUCAGCGCCACACAGUACAUGCUUCGACUGGCCAGUCAAGAAGCUACGGGAGGUAUUUCCUUUCACUGGAGACAAACGGACAAGCGGACAGAGACCGGCGCAGUUUCUUGGUUCUGCUUUUUCAGAUAUUCGAUCCCUCAUUUGUCUUGCUUAUGGGCACAACACCAACCGAGGUAACCCAACUGAAGUUGGGUAAGCUGAAAGUGGCACGUCAGAGGUUGCUACAGCGUUAUGAGCACCAGCCCUUUGUCUUCUGUCUUGCUGGACUCUACGGCUGCCAGUGGAGACGUUACCAGCGCACACAUGCUCAGCCUGGACACUGCUGCUGCUCUAAGCGGGAGUCUGGCAGUUUUGCUCUGAUCAUUCUGACCUUUUGUCUCAGUCUGGUGUUCCUGUACUUUUGGAGUGAAGCACGGAAUGACUACAAUGACUUUGACUGGUUUAAUUUUGGAAAUCUGGGCUUCUGGUUUCCAUGGUCUAUUGUUUUGUUGAUUCUUGCUGUUUUUCUGUUCACUUAUGUUGCUGUUCUGCUGCUGCUAGCAGUUUGUCUUCUCUCAGAAGGCCAGAGGUUAUAUUUACAUUGGUGUCACAAGAUCGGGAUCUCAGUGACUUUGAUUCUCUCCAUUGUGGCCUCAUCUGUUCUCACUGAUUUAUGGAGCAAGGAGUGGAUGACUGUACUUUUAUCUUUUCAGGUAACUGCCCCAUAUCUACACAUAGGUGGUGUAGUUUUAAUGACUCUGUUAUCUUGGCCAGUAGCCAUGCAUGUCUUCCGGCUCAAUAUGAGGGUGAGACGGGUGGCCAUGAUGGUGCUGUAUAUAACUGUUCUACUCACUCUUUACCUGGUUCCUCUGGGCAUGCACUCACCCUGCAUUAAAGAGAGGAGCAGUCUGGGAUCAGCUCCUGCUUUAAUUGGACACAGGGGAGCACCAAUGCUUGCCCCUGAAAACACCUACAUGUCUUUUGAGAAGGCAUUGGCAGCUGGAGCUGAUGGUCUGGAGACUGAUGUCACUAUCAGUUAUGAUGGAGUUCCUUUCCUCAUGCACGACAAGAACUUACGCAGGACAACUAAUGUAAAAGAUGUGUUUCCUAACUGGACACACACCUCACCUGCCAUGUUUACGUGGAGAGAGCUGCAGAGUCUCAAUGCCGGAUCCUGGUUCUUCUCUCAAGACCCCUUUGGAACAGCUUCAUCUCUGAGCCCAGAUGAGCGUUUGCAGGCUCAGAAUCAGUCGGUGUGCACACUGAAGGCCUUCCUGGAUUUAGCGGCUCAAUAUGGGAAACUAGUGAUCUUUGAUCUGUACCGGCCACCCAGGGGUCACCCUUAUAGAGAUGCCUGGAUAUCCCGCACCCUAGACGUCAUCCACAACGAGUCAUCCAUUCACUCCAGUCAGGUAUUGUGGCUGCCUCCAGAGCUCAGGGAGUUUGUACAAGAAAGCGACCCUGAUUUACAACAGACAACAGGCGAACAAGCGCCAGUGGAGGAACUUCAGCUUAAACACAUAGCCAGACUCAACAUCCAUUACAGCUCCAUGUCAGAGAAAGAAAUCAGAAAAUACGCUGUUGCCAACAUCAGCACCAACCUGUACGUGAUCAGCGAGCCGUGGCUGUAUUCUCUUGCCUGGUGUGCAGGGGCUCAUUCUGUCGCCACUAAUGCUGUUCACAUCCUCAAGAAACUGCAAAGACCGCUCUUUCUCAUGACGCCAGAUGAGUACAGGCUUAUGUGGACUCUUACUGACAUCACUUCCCUUCUUCUUGUUGUGUUUGUCUUUGUGUUUCACUGGUGGAGGGAGCGUGGGUUGGCUCUCAGUGUAGACAGCAGUUCAGUACUUGAAAAUGGGUCCUACAGACAGUUCAGGACAGAGGUGAAUGAUGUCUGGUCUUUAUCCAACAUGAGCAGCUCUGACUCUGAGAAGCAGGUACCAUCUGUCUAAAGUGCCUGAUUAAAGCUCUUAGUUCAUAUUUAGCCCCUUAUAUUAAAA